AUGUCUGCUGCUGUGGCUCAAAGGGCCCCCUUGGGCAGAGCAUCGUCCCCCAUAGAUACCAAGAACAUUAUGAAGCCUGAAGAUUCUCCAACAGCAGACAGUAUCACAAAAGACCAGAAGCCUGCUGAAGGCUCGCAAUCGCUUGCGCCGCCGCCUCGUCCUGCCGCCUCAGGCACCGGCGAGACCCCAGAUUAUUUCAACUUGCAGAACCCGUUUUCUCUCGAACCAAACCCUUUCGAACAGUCCUUCAGCAACACAUCAGGCGAAACUCCGGGGAAGUCCUUACUUCCCCCAGUUGCCUCUAUCGCGUCUCCUGCAUUACCCGGAGUCAGUUCCGCUGGUUAUAACUGGCCUAAUUCACUGCGCUCAGGACCGCUGAGCCCUGCCAUGCUGGCUGGCCCCACUGGCGCCGAUUACUUUGACAGCAUCGGUCGCGGCUUUCCAACCCCCAACGAGUCGUCCUUAAGAACUGGCCUGACCCCCGGCGGUGGAGGGUCCAUGUUUCCCGCUCCAAGUCCCAACUCCCAAGCCAUCUUAACACAACUUCAAAGCGGUGGUGCGACUCCGUCGACUCUCGAGUUCCACCGUACCGCCCUCAACGCAGCCAAACGCAACGGCUUCAAUGUACCCACGUCCAAUCCGACCAGUGAGCCCGAGCCGCUCUCGAAUAUGGAUAGCAAGAAGACAUCACAACCCACAGCCGUUGACACAUUCACCCAUCACGAUGCUGCCGAUGCGGCCAAUGGCCUUUUCAUGCUCGCAAAAGGUGGCCAAACCAAUAACGACGCGUUCGCCGCGACCAACGCCGCUAAUAAGCCAUCUGACGCGAAACGAGUGACGCGAAAUGCCCACAACUCAAUAAGCAGCGGCGCUGGCGAGUUGACCGCUGAGGGUUCCGACACCCAAGGCGAGCAGACAAAGCCACCCACCAAGGGCAAAGGCAAGAAGAAUACUCCUGCCAAACCGACUGCUGCCAACGGUCGUCGCAAAGCCGAAGAGGCUCCCAAAGGUUCUAACAAGAGGGCAAAGACGAGCAACGGCCCCAUAGAAGCAACUCCGGAAGAGGAAUCGGAUGAGGAAGAGAUGAGAGACGACAUGUCGAAGGAUCCCAAGAAGAUGACCGACGAAGAGAAGCGGAAAAAUUUCCUCGAGAGGAAUCGUGUCGCUGCUCUCAAAUGUCGCCAACGCAAGAAGCAGUGGCUCGCAAACCUCCAAGCUAAAGUCGAACUCUUCACAACCGAAAAUGAUGCAUUAACAGCGACCGUCACACAACUUCGAGAAGAGAUUGUCAAUCUCAAGACCCUGCUACUUGCACACAAGGACUGCCCUGUCUCUCAAGCACAGGGCAUUGGCCCGUUGAUCAUGAACGGCAUGUCCUCUGGCUUUGAUGCCCAUCCAUAUGGUAUUCCAAACAACAUGGCCAUGCAAGCUGGAGCUCCGAUCCCCGCUCAAGCCCUUCGCAGAUAG